ACGACCAGUCGCUCAGUCGUGCCCUAAACGCCGCGCCACGAUGUUCAGCGACCGGCUGGACAUCAAGCUCAUCGGGCUGGUCCGAGACCACCCGGUCUUGUACGAUCUCAACCACCCCAAAUACAUGGACUUCAAUGCACGAGAAGUCGCCUGGCAAAGGAUCGGGGACGAACUCAAGAGACCCGCUGGUGACUGCAAAGUCAGAUGGAUAAACAUCAGGGACGUUAACAGAAGAAUAAUCAAGAAGAACCUCACAUACCCCCGCGCCAUCCACCGCGUGUACAAAUACGAGGCAGAAUUAGCUUUUAUGAAGCCUUUCUACAAGGACGUCGUAGUACCCGCCGACUAUGGUGCCGGAGACGACAAGAGCCAGUGGGACGAUGCUGGAGACGACAACUGCGACCUUCCCGUAGACACGGACGACUCGGAGAAGUCAACCAAAAAGGUCGCUAAAGUAUCCAAAAAGUCGAAAAAGAAAAAGAAAUGGGACUUCGAUGAGGAUGAGAAACCGCUAUCAACGAUCAACGACGCGCCCUCGACUUCGUCUGACUUCGACCCGGCGGAUCCUGUGGACGCAUUCCUGCUGAGCAUUGGCGCUACGUUGAAGACGUUUUCGCCAUAUCACCUAAAUCUGGCGAAGAGCAAAAUUUUCAACGUGGUCCAAGAACAUGAUUUACAACAGAUCGUGCAGAAGUCCAGCGAUGUGAAGUCUUCGGAUAAUAUUUACAUGGAGUGAUUGUCUCAUUUAAAUUUUAGUUCAAAGUUAAAUGUUAGUUAUAAAGUGAUUGUGAGUUCGCAAGUUCGCACAAUCACUGCAGGUGCCAGUCGCACCGUCGCGACAGCAAUAUAAUUACGCGCGAGCGAUAAGGAUGGAUAGCUAGGGGUCAUUGGACAAAAUUUUACGUGCUCACGGACCGGGCUUUACUUUCGUUUAAGAUUGGACGACGCGACGAGUGAAUAUUGUAUGAUUGUGUUAAGUGAUAACAUUUCGGUUAAUGUACGAGUGUACUUUGAGUUAUAUGUUGAGUGUUUUUCCAAAAUUGAGAGAAAUAUGAAUGGUUAAUAAAGUAGUACUAACUAGAUUUAUGAGUACUAAGUAUGAUGAUUUAGGUGAUUAAAAAUUAUAUUUGAAGAAA